AAAGGAAGAGUCUCUGAAAACGGAAACUUGUCUAGUGUCCCCGGUCCUGGCCGCAUUGUCCUUUGGCGACGACCCCGUCAACGCCGGGGACGCUGUGGCGGUGCAGUGCUCCGUCGUCAAGGGCGACAUGCCGGUCAACAUCACCUGGAGCAAGGACGGCAGGGUGAUCAGGUCGGGCGACGACGGCGUGGACAUCAGCAAGGCUGGGCAGCGCGUGAGCACGCUGACCAUCGAGCCGGUGUCGGAGCGGCACCGUGGCGCGUACAAGUGCACGGCCUCCAACAGGGCGGGUGCCGAGAGCCAGUCCGCCAGGCUGGACGUGCUGGGUAGGACGGGGCCUGGGGCGGGCGUGACAUAG